GUUGUAAGGUCACAUUCUCAAACACAAGUCAAGUCAAUCCAAACACACAAAGCCGAAUUUCUGUGCAGAAAACAUAUUGAGAGAUUUUCCCGGAAAAUUUCUUGCCCAGAAAAUCUGCAAACUUCGGUAUAAGUCAGGCACCAGCGAUCUUCAAACGGGGCUCUUUAUUCUUUCCUCGACUGUCUGUACGUUCUUUUUCUUGCCCAUUUUGACCUGAACAAUCUCUCUCUCAAUUUGUUCAUGCCUUGUUCAUCGAUUUCCCAAAGAUUCAUCCUUUUGAAACUUUCCUUGGUCGAAAAGUGAAAACCCUCUUCUUCUUUUUUUCCUGUCCGUUCUUAAUCUCCAUUGUUACAACUUUUGCAAUCAGAGCCUUUUUGAUGUUCCAAAAAGUUUGUGAUUCUUCUACUUUUGUGGGUUUGUUUCGCUGAUUUUCGUGUUGCUACGGUUAAUCAUAAAUCUUUAUGAUUUGUGAGUGUUUGGUUGAUUAAGUGAAGCAGAAAACGCAUGUCAAGCAUUAGUUUACUGAAGAUUUGAGAAUUAGGGUUAGGGCUAGAUUGAUUAGGCUGUUGUUGAAUUCAAGCAUAGAGAACUGAUCGUGGAAUUGGCGAUUCUGUGGAGAUGGGAGAGUUUGAGGUUGUGAUCUCUGAGGUAGAUGGAGAAGACAAGCUGAUUGUUGCUGCAAAUUAUCUUGUCGAGCAACUAGGAUCAUGUCGGAACCUUAGCAACGAUACUAGGAAGGUUUUAUCCCAUCUCUUAUCGAAGCUGUCUCGUGUGGUAGCCAUGGAUGAUACAGAUGAGGAAGAAGAUGGGAUAAGUGAGAUUGAGCAGAGGCUUAAUGUUCUUGCUGAGAAGAUUAUGAGUAGGCAGGCCGAUGAAUCGAUGAUAUGGGACUCGGGUUCUGAUGAGGGUAACGAAUAUCUCGAUGCAGUGAACGAGUUGAGAGUUCUGAUCGAAAGGCUGGAUAGUUUUCCGAGUUUAGGCAAGGCUGGAGCCGAGGAGAUGUUGCUGAGAAAAGCUCAUGAUGCUCUUCAGACAGCGAUGACAAGGCUCGAGGACGAGUUCUUGAAUAUGCUUGUUGAGAAUCGGCUGCCCUUUGAGCCCGAACACAUGUCUUUCCGGUCGGAAGAAGGAUCUGUGGCUUCAAGUGAGGAUUUGCUUCUUGGAGGAGGUAUCAGCAGUAGGAGAAACUCGGGGGAAGCUGUGAUUGAUUUGGUUAACCCUUACAUCAUUCCCGAUCUCAAUAAAAUCGCAAACGCGAUGAUCUCUGCGGGAUAUGGCCGGGAGUGUAUCCAGACGUAUACCAUCGUUAGGAAAGAGGCGGUGGAUGAGUUCCUCUACAAUCACGAGAUCGAGAAGAUGAGCAUCGAGGAUGUGCUGAAGAUGGAUUGGUCGAUCUUGAACUUGAAUAUCAAGAAAUGGGUUCAUGUUAUGAGAAAUUUUGUCCGGAUACAUCUCGUUAGCGAGAAGUGGCUGGGAAAUCAGGUGUUCGGGGACCAAGUCCAGACCGGUUUAACAUGUUUUCUCGAAGCGGUAAAGUCACCGACGAUGCAACUGCUCAAUUUCGGUGAAGCUGUGUCCCUCGUUCCCCGACAACCCGAGAAAUUGCUCAGGAUUCUCGAAAUGUACGAGCUGAUGUCUGAGCUUCUCCCCGAUAUCGAUGCUUUGUUCUCAGAUGAUACCGGUUCAGGCGUUGGAACAGAGUACCAGCAGGUGAUGACGGGACUCGGGUCUUGCGCAAGAUCCACAUUUCUCGAGUUCAAGAACGCGAUCGCCACCGACGUUUCGUCGAAUCCUGUCCCGGGAGGUGGGGUUCACCUCCUGACAAACUACGUAAUGAACUACCUCAUGGCCCUCACCGAUUUCGGUGAGACCCUCGACUCGCUGCUCAGAGAACACGACGAGGCAGCGAAUCUGUCGACGACAACGCCACCAUCCCCAGAUAUCGGUCCGGCAAUCGAGGAAGAGGAGACAGGUCAAAAAUCUCCGUCGUCGGGGCAGUUCCUGGUAAUGACCAGACACUUCUACUCAAUCACAACGGUUCUUGAAUCAAACCUGCAGGAGAAAUCGAGAUUAUACAGAGACGUGGCCCUGCAACAUAUAUUCCUAAUGAACAACGUCCAUUACAUGACACGGAAAGUGAUGAACUCCGAGCUGAGGAACAUCUUCGGGAGCAAAUGGAUAAGAGCCCACACGUGGAAGUUCCGGCAGCAGGCCAAGGAGUACGAGAGGGCAACCUGGUGCAGUGUCCUGGAUCUGCUGAAGGGGGAAGGGGGGAGAGGGUUGGGGUUAGGGGCGAGGGAGAGGUUUCAGAGCUUCAACGGAGCGUUUGAGGAGGUGUACAAGGUUCAGACAGGGUGGGUGAUAGCAGGGGAAGGGCUCAGAGAGGAUCUUAGGACAUCAGUUUCGCAAUGGGUGAUCCAAGCUUACUGGACGUUUUACAGCAGACACAAGAACAAUGUCAGUGAGAAGUACGUGAAGUACAAUCCUGAUGAACUUCAGUCCCUCUUGCUGGAUCUCUUCUCCGGCUCUCCCAAGUCCUUGUCCACUUCCUAUCGCAGGUCUUCCUUGCAUUAAUCUUUGAUUAUAUAUAUAUAUAUAUAUAUAUAUAUAUAUAUAUAUAUAUAUAUAUA